CAGGGGAUCCCCAUCAUGUUCCCUUCCCGUCUCUCACUCUUGCAGGUCUCGAGGCUGGAAGACGACUUCACCAGGGAGAUACGGCAGACGUCUUUUAUGGGCCUAACGGAGUCGAGGGCACAGCUUAUAGCACUCUUGCGGAGGAUAUGAAGUCAUGUUACCCAUUGUCAAGAUACUCUUGCCAUGGCAAGCAGGACUGCGAGCAGCCUUACGAUCCAUGUUUCGCCAUGAAAGCAAAACCUCUCACACUGCUCGACAUCAUGGAGAACAACGCUCCGGAAGCCGAAUUUGCGUUCUUAUCUGCGUGUCAUACCGUCGUUGACGAUGUGAAGACGCCCGACGCCACCUCACAGCUGGUCUGCAGUUUUCCGGGUUCAAGAGUGUCAUUGGCACACUGGGUGGUCGAUGACGAUGUUACAAAACACGUUGUCGAAGCUUUUUAUGAGAAUAUUUUCAAGAACUUGAAGAAGGGCGUCAUGGACUGUACGAAGGCAGCCUCGGCUCUCAACAAGGCUACGGACUCCGUGAAAAAGAAAGUGUCGCUCGAGCAAAGGAUUGUUUUCAUUCAUAUUGGUGUGUAGUUAUAUGUUCAUCUGUCAUAAUUUCACAAGCUGGCGUCUUCUUCUACUGCUGUGUAAGUACUUG